AUGAGCCCGCUUUUCCUCGCUCCCUCGCCUUACCCGGCCCUGGAGGCCCCGCUCAGCGCCCCGCCGCCCUCCUUCUCCCUUUAUUCCCCCUCUCCCCUCUUCCCAAUCCGCCGGCACUCACCGCCCGCGGGGGAAGCCGAGGUUGCUGCGGCGGGGCUGGGACCGCCUCCCCCCACCGCCCCGGCUCGGGGCUGCUCCGAGAGGCCGAGGAGAGCCGAGCUGCUCCCGAGGCCGGCAGGGGCCGCCGGGGGAACGGGGACGGCCCCUUCUCUCGCCCCCUCCCCCGGAGCCCCCGGGCCGCCCACCUGGCUGAGCGGCGGCACCCGGCUGCCCGCCGGACCUCCCCCGUCGCGGCGACCGCAGAGAGGCCCCGCUCUUCGCGGCUGCACACUGGGCAAUGGCUCUCCCCACCCUCCCCCUUCGCCCCUCUGGGGAGCCCUUCUCCAGCCGGGGCCGAGACCCCUCAAGCCCAGCCUCUCCCCUGGCACCGUCGAUCUCCAGCCUCGGCAGCCUGCCUGCACCAACAAGAGCCUCCAAAUGCCGCCCGCAAACCGGGCGACGACGGCGGCUCAGCUUCUGCCAGGCUCAUCCCCAGGGAUAACCGCGUCCCUGCUACGCCGCGAUGGGUUUUUUUGUUUUGUUUUUUUUACCAGGAAGUUCCCAGGAACCUCUGGAAAAAGUCUGGGACAUCUCCUCUCACCAGCUCUCAAACGGAUUACGAUUGUACUCUCUUCAGAGGAGUCUUGUGGAGGGCCCAGGGUAUCUUCUCCGACUGACUUCCAGCCGCAGCCACUCUUCCUUCCUCCCUCCCUCCUUUCUUUCUUCCCUCCUCCUCCUCCGGGACGGCGGUUCAGCCGAAGGCCAGAGACUUCCCCCUCCGCAGCCCCCACCCCCGACAGCCCGGAGAGUGGGGAAGGGCAGAGUGGGAGACCCGGACAGCGGGGGGAGCAGCGAGCUCCCCCCCGGCCGCUGCAUGAGCCCCGCCGUGAAUUAAGAGCUAAUUAACAAACUGAGUGUCACCUGGGGGAGGGCUGGAAGGGGAGCCAAGCAAGCU